GUCUGUGGAACACGUCUGUGUUUCAUUUCUUGGUUGACUCUAUAUGUUCAGGCCCAAUAUUUGGAUUUCAACAAACAAAAAGUCAACCGUUUUAUCAUAUGAAAUCCAACUUUCCGUCUGUCUUAUACUCCUUAGUGACCUUUCCAAGCACGCCAUUUCAGAAGGUUUUAAGUCCGUCACAAAGUUCUCAAGUUCAAAGGCUUGAGCGGAUAAGAAUACAUUUUAUCCUGUACUUAUAAACCUUUGUAUGAUAAUAUAUAAAUCAUUUACGAAUGUAAUGAAAAACUUUUACCAUAAUCACCUCUCAACCUUAUCACAAGAGAUGAUAUUGUUCUAUCACGACAUGUCCGAAAACUUUAGAAACAAAGUUGGUCUUAUGCUCAGUUUUGCUUUUGUCCAAUAUGUUAUAUACCGCAUGGGCGGGAGUGAACUCAGAAGUAGCCCAGUCCCGAGUGCAAGAGUCGAUAGAGGAAAGCAAAACGGCGAAACCAGGUGAUUGUUUUAACGCUUGUAUACCCAGUUUACAAAGCCAGGAAAGAUAAUAGCUGGGCUGUUGGAGGGAGCUGGUUGUGCAGCAGUUGUGCGUAUACAAUUUAAGCUCUCAUAUAUAUAAAAAUGAAUAAAUAAACAAAUACGAUGACCAAGAUAUCUAAGGAUCCCAGUUUAUUCCAAACAUAGUCUCUCUUGGGCAGCUUGUGUCGAUUCGAUUCCUAAACCUGUGCUCUUGUUAGAGGCAAGUAAAAUUCAGAAUCUUUAUUCAAUUCAAGCGUUUCCAACUGCUCAGAUAAUCCUCUCAUAUGUAUUCAUCGGUAGAUGGCUUCGCGCCCUACCCUUAUUACCAUUUCCAGCUAUUUGAGCAUAAGACCGUGCUGAACUCUUACUAACUGCAUGACCUGAUUAUACUCAUAACAACC